UGAGCUUUUUUAAAUCAGGCACAAAAUAGGACAACCUACCUGUUCCUCCAUGUGUUCAAGGACCCCUCAAGAUGUCCAUGCUUGCCGAACCACGUCGUAAACAGAAAUGGGCAGCGGACCCCCAAAACACCACGUGGAGCAACGAUGAGUCUAAAUUUGGACAGAAGAUGCUGGAACGUAUGGGCUGGGCCAAAGGAAAGGGUCUUGGCAGGAGUGAACAGGGGUCUACAGAAAACAUUAAGGUUAAAGCCAAGAACAACAAACUGGGUCUGGGCACUACUGUAAACAACGAGGACAACUGGAUUGCCCACCAGGAUGAUUUUAAUCAACUCCUUGCGGAGCUUAACAACUGCCAUGGACAGAGCCACACUGACAGUCCCACACAGGAGCAAGGAUUUAGUUUGGAAGAGAAAUCCAAAACCUCAAAGAAAAGGGUCCAUUACAUGAAAUUCACUAAAGGAAAGGACCUGUCCAGUCGCAGCAAAACAGACCUGGCUUGUAUUUUUGGGAAGCGAUCGAAACAAGAAACAAGAGACAGAGAUGAGGAAAGCAGUGGACUUGACUCUCAGGAAGAGCGAGAAGAGGACAGUGACACAGUACCUAAUCCAAACCCAGAGGAGCAACUAAAUACAGUGACUAGCACACUGACCAUGCAAGAGUACUUUGCCCAGCGGAUGGCCAAGAUCAAGAAGGCUCAGGGAACUUGUGACCCAGCCAUCAGCAGCAACUCACAGUCUCCACUGGCUGCAUCUGCCUCCAUGGAGGAUUCCCCAAACACCAGUGAUAUGGAACAGUCCAAAAAGAAAAAAAAGAAAAAGGACCGAGAUGGCACAGUGGAAAAUGUAGAGGAAGAUGCCCUGACCUCAGUGACACAGAAAAAGAAAAAGAACAAGAACAAGAGGAAACGAGAGGAGAGGGAGGAGGAUGAGGCUGAAGUGUGCAGCGCCCCUACAGUAACGGAUGGAUCCACUGAAGAAGAGGCACCAAAAACAGGGAAGAAAAAAACCUCUCUAGAGGUUCAUGCAGACUUGCGUACGGACUUGAACGUUUCAGAUAAAAAGAAAAGGAGAGAACAGGAUAAAGAGGAGAGAGUGAUUGACAAAGUAAUGCCCAAAAAGAACAAGAAAAAACAGAAAAAAUGAUUUUGUACUACUGACUGCUCUUCAAACUUAUUGGCAUUUUGAUAUCAUGAUUUUAAUAUUGAGAUCACCGAAAUGGAUGGCAAUGAAACCCAUGAAUUUAAAUUUAUAAUUGGUUUGUAUCUCCAUACUUAAACUAAAUCAAAAAAACAUUAAAAACAUGAGUCAACUAAAA